UUAAAUGAGGCUAAUAGUGGUCCAUUCCAGCCCAGGAUGAAUCUGUUCGAUGCCAUGGUGCUGCUCCUGUUCUUCUUCAGAGCUCAGUUUGGAGAACCUGCAGACAGCUAUUUCCCUCUGACAGGCCCCUGGCAUGAAGGUGAGUCUUCAAAAAACUUUCUCAAGCAGACCUAUUGGCCUAAUGCCAUCCUAUGUCCAGAAAGGAGAUCCAGCUCUGGAAAAGCAGGUCUGAAAUCCAUGCCACCCGUUCUGCGUAAGCGGCAGGAGCACCAACUGCAGUUAUGGCAAGGAAUGCAUCCAGUGAGAAGCAAAGUGAUCUCUGUCCCACAGGGGGCACUGCUGGAAAAAAGGGAGAAGAACCUCUCCACUUACAACUGGAACUCAUUCGGCUUAAGAUAUGGCAAGAGGCAAGCAACGAAAGCCAAGCUGCAAUGAUGAAAGCAUAGA